AGAGAGCAUUAUAUAUAUAUAUAUAUAUACAUAUAUGCAAGUGUGCUUUUGAUAAAAUUAUAAUUAAUCGAGGAGGAGGCAUUCUUGAAAAAUGAUUGGAUGGGAAGAUGUAUACAAGGUAUUGGUGGGCAUUGCACCACUGUACGUGGCUCUGAUAUUAGGUUACUGUUCGGUGAAAUGGUGGCGCAUGUUCACUCCCGACCAGUGCGAAGCCAUAAACCGCUUAGUCUGCUACUUCACUUAUCCAUUGUUCGUGUUCGAGUUCACAGCCAGCGUUGAUCCUUUCAAGAUGAACUAUUUAUUCAUGGCUGCCGACGCCAUAUCCAAACUCAUCAUUGUAACAGCACUGGCUUGCUGGGCUAAGUGCAGCAGCAAGGGGAGCUAUUGCUGGUCCAUAACCAGCUUCUCUCUUUCCACGCUCACCAGUUCUCUGGUGGUGGGUGUGCCCCUCUUGAAGUCCAUGUACGGUCCAAUGGCUGUGGAUCUUGUGGUUCAGUCAUCCGUCUUUCAAGCACUUGUCUGGCUCAGCAUCCUCUUGUUCGUCUUGGAACUCAGGCGAACAAGGAACCAAUUACAUUGUUUUGAUGAUGAUGAUCAUCAUCAUGAUAAUAAUAUUAUUAUUAUUCAUGAUCAGACCACUGAUGUUCAUGUUGUUGCUGCUGCUACUACUACCACUACUGAUGAGGGUAAUAAUUUGGAAAACCAGCUGAGUAACGAUAUUAAUAAUAAUAAUAUUUGUGACUCAAAGUCAACGACGUCCACCAGUAGCAACCGGCAGCCAUCUUUCUGGAGUUUGAUGAAAAGGGUGUGGCUCAAACUGGCCAAGAAUCCAAACUCCUAUGCCUGUAUAAUUGGAAUCGCAUGGGCAUUUUUAUCCAACAGGUGGAAUUUUAAGAUGCCAAACAUAAUGGAAGGAUCAAUCCUGAUCAUGUCAAGAGCUGGUACUGGGACUGCUAUGUUUAGCAUGGGAUUGUUCAUGGCGUUGCAAGAGAAAGUGAUCGCUUGUGGAGCAAGUCUAACUGUAUUUGGGAUGGCCUUAAGAUUUAUAGCUGGGCCGCUGGCCAUGGCUUUAGGUUCAGUUGCUGUAGGUUUGCAUGGGGACGUCUUGCGUGUAGCUAUCAUCCAGGCAGCAUUACCACAAUCCAUCACAUCCUUUAUCUUUGCAAAAGAAUAUGGAUUGCAUGCAGAGGUUCUCAGCACUGCGGUUAUCUUCGGCAUGAUUGUGUCUCUUCCAGUAUUGAUCGGUUAUUAUGCGCUUCUGGAAUUUGUACACUGACCGCGCCUGCCCGCCCCUUCUUUACAUACACUACACAACUACCCAAACUGGUCAUAACUUAGAGAUCUCAUCAACGUA